UUUCUCUAACUUUUCUAAUUAUUUAUCCAUAUUUAAAGGUAUAAAUUCGGAUAUUAUGUUUUUAAAUUGUUUAAAUUUUAUCUAAACCCAUAACUUUAAUCUCAAGAACAUCACAAAACAUAAAAGUCGAAAAUUCUCUCAUUGCACAUUUGCACUACAUUACAUUACAAUAUUCCAUUCGCAAGGGAACGUGCGAGCAAUCCUCCGCCAAAACCCUACGCCCCAACAAUAGCCCAAGACAUGGAGAAGGAGGCGGCCGCCGCUGCCCAAAGCGCACCCGGAGCGAUGCAGUCCUUGUCCAUUGCCGGGGACUCUCAGGCUGAAGCCAGUUCAAUCACUUCCAAUCCGAUCAACGAGAUAAGCUUGGAAGAGAAGUUCGACAUCGUGAGAAGCGUUGGGGAGGAGUGUAUCCAGGAGGAAGAGUUGAGGAACCUGCUCGCCAAAAAGCCCGGAGCGAUCUGUUAUGAUGGCUUCGAACCCUCUGGGAGAAUGCACAUUGCCCAGGGAGUUAUGAAGACAAUAAAUGUUAACAAAUUAACCUCAGCCGGUUUGAGAGUGAAAAUAUGGAUUGCAGAUUGGUUUGCACAACUAAACAAUAAAAUGGGUGGUGAUCUGAAGAAAAUCGAGACAGUUGGGCGUUAUUUUAUUGAAAUUUGGAAGGCUGUUGGGAUGGAUAUUGAGGGAGGUAAAAUUGAAUUUCUGUGGUCGUCGCGUGAAAUUAAUGCUCAUGCACACGAAUAUUGGCCACUGGUAAUUGACAUAGCCCGGAGAAACAAUCUCUCAAGGAUUAAGAGGUGCGUUCAAAUAAUGGGUAGAAAUGAGGAGGACGAGUUGACAGCAGCACAGAUUCUCUAUCCAUGCAUGCAGUGUGCUGACAUAUUUUUCCUAAAGGCCGACAUAUGUCAGCUCGGGAUGGAUCAAAGGAAAGUAAAUGUACUUGCAAGAGAGUACUGCGAUGACAUCAAGAGGAAGAACAAGCCAAUUAUUUUGUCUCACCACAUGCUGUGUGGUUUACAGCAAGGCCAAGAAAAGAUGUCCAAAAGUGAUCCAUCAUCCUCCAUUUACAUGGAGGAUGAAGAGGCUGAAGUGAAUCUGAAAAUUAAGAAGGCAUAUUGCCCUCCAAAGAUUGUGGAAGGAAAUCCAUGCCUGGAGUACAUAAAAUAUAUUAUAUUCCCAUGGUUUAAUGAGUUCAAAGUUGAACGUAGUGCUGCAAAUGGUGGAGAUAAGAUCUUCAAAGACUUUGGUGAAUUAAUUGCUGAGUAUGAAAGUGGAGAGCUACAUCCAGGCGACCUGAAACCUUCUUUAGCAAAGGCUCUAAAUAAGAUACUACAGCCUGUUCGUGAUCACUUUGCUAAGGACAGCAAUGCCAAAGAACUACUAAAAAGGGUCAAGGCUUACAGAAUCACCAGGUGAGAUCAAAGAGCUUCAUGCAGUAAACCAUUUGCCACUUAUUCUGAUUGGUGGAUGGUAGUGCGACCCUUUCGAACUAGUUUAAAAUAAUCAUCAUAUGUAUACAAUCAGUUAAAAAAGCUACUGUAUUUUUUAGUUACAAUCCAUGUUUUUAAUAUCUUUUAGUUUUUUCAGGUGUUCUUCAUUAUGUUAUUUUGUUUUUGUUUUCUUGGUGGGAAGGUGGUUGUGAUAGAAUUGUAAUGCAGAUUUUCUGCUCAUUUAUUUUUGAUAUAAGAAGACUUUGAUUUAA